AUGUCUAAUCAACAAAAUGACAAUGUCCAAUUGAACGAUGAUGUUCAAGGGACACAACAACCACCAAAACAACGUUCGAAAAAUUAUUAUCGAAAGCGACCUGGUAGUGAACGACAAAAUCAAGAUUUAGGAGAAGAUGAAAAUCGUCCUUCAAAUGAUGAUGAUACCCAACGAUCGAAUAAUUCUGAGGACAAUGAUGAUCAUGUGAAUAAUACACGAGGUCGUGGUGGUCGACGAGGAGGUUUUCGACGUUUUCGUGGUCGAGGACGUUUUGCGCGUAGUCUACCUUACUAUGGUGAUUUUCGUCGAAUUUAUUCGCCUUAUACAAAUUAUAUGAAUGGACGUGGAGGAGUUUUUGUCCCUGUCGAUGAAUUUUAUGGUCCCUCAUAUUAUGGUGGUGGCGAUCCAUCAGAACAAGAAGGUAUUGUUGAUUAUCCAAUACGUGGUAAUCGAGGUUUUCGUGGUGGUCGAGGACGUGGUAGACGAAGAGGUCAAAUAACAAAGAAUGAAAAUACUGAUAAUAAUAAUACUAAUAACAAUACUGAUCAACAACAAGGAGAAGAUACAAAUGUAACUAAACGUCGUAAUUCAAGACGUCGUCAACAUAAACAACAACAACAAAAUAAUGAAAAUGGCACAGGCACAGAACAACAAACUGAUGGUGUCGUAACUGAUGAUCAACAUCAAGAUGAAAAUAAUCAAGGUGCAGCACGUCAACCACAAAAGAAAUCUAAUCGACAACGACGUCGUCGUAAUACCAAUGCAAGUCAAAAUGAGGCUGAAACAGAUGAACGUACAAAAUCUGCACAGCCAAAAAAACCUAAAGAUGAUGAAACAAUAGUGAAAAAUGUUCUGCGUUUUAUGGUUAAUAAAGUUGUUCGUCGUUUAGCACCAAGAUAUCGACGACGAAGUCGUGCAAAUACAAAAGAAGCAACCGAUAAUAAUAAUACUAAUAAUAAUACUAAUGUUGAAAAACCGCAAACAAAUAAUGCUCAACGUGGUCGACGUCGUCGUCAAAGACCAGGAAAUGGUUAUUUCAUGGAACAAGGUUAUUAUGAUCCAUAUGGUAUGACACCGUAUUAUUAUGGAAUGUAUUAUGGAUAUACUGAACAAGAAUAUGCUGGUCGUCGCGGUCGUGGUAGACGUGGUCGUGGUCGUUUUCGACAACGCAGAGGAGCUAAUAAAGAGAAUCAACCUCAAAAUAACAGUGAACAAGGCAAAACUGAAGAAUUAAAUCCAACUGAUGAUAAUUCUCAAAGUAAAACAACAACCAUAAGUGAAGUAGUCAAUCAAUCUUCAAACAAUGCUGAUUCAAAUCAAUGA